GGUUGAUUUCUGCUGUGGAUUUUAUUCAGUGGAAUCUCUCACCAUCAUCACUGUUACAAGAUGAACACACACAAUGCGAUCCGUUUGGUGUCGUUGUUGUCCAUCUGGAUGUUGGCUGCACAGGGUCAGAUAUUCCAGCCUCAGCUUGCACCUGCUAAUUUCCUAGGCCGAAUCACUAGCAAUACAGUGAUCCUGCAGCAGCCGUACUGUGUUUUUACUCAGACCUGUCCUGGGUGUGAGAUCUGGCUGGUGGCUGCGCUGAGCACGGGAACGGGCAACUUCAACGCUCUAGUGAACAUCUCAUCCCCCAUCAGCCUCAGUGUGUCACCAUACCCAACAGCUUUCCUCCCAUCAUCAGCACAGUUCUUUCUGACCAGAGUUGGUCCUCUGGCAAACUUCCCCUGUAAUACGGCCCCUGCUUUUCCAUACUUCACAGUUGGAGCGGAUGGGAUUUGUACAGGCAUCAACUGUAAUGGAGUACUACCUGUUGGAUCCAUUGUUAGUUUCAGGUAUCUUCUUAUCGACCCCAGCAACUAUACUGUUGUUAAUAUGACCAACUGGGGUGGCCCCUUUAAUCUAACCACACUGCUAAGCUAUCAAACCAUCAAUGACGGUCUCAGUGCCAGAUCUGGAGCCAUGGUUGUCAUCACUACACUCCUCUGUGUGGCCGUGGCUCUGCUUUUGCUGGUUUUCUUCAUCAUGCUGUGUGUAUCCUGCUGUGGCAAGAAAGACGGCAAGACGGUGACAGUCAUGAGCUCCAUCCGCAUCCCCCGUUACGACACCCACAACCUGAAGGAGCACGUGCACCCCUACGACAACCAAGCCUAUGAGCCAGACGCUAAAAACUACUCCAGAUCCCAAACUCUGCCCAAGUCUCCAGUCCGAAAGUAGUGAGUUCCACAAAAAUACCAUCAAUCCAGUGGAAGCUGAAUUACUGUGCAGUAUUUUCUCUUUCAAUGCACAAAGGAGAAAAAGACAUGGAAGAUUAUUUGCAGUACUAAACCAGUAUGUUACUAGGCCUGUCACCAUAUCUAUUUCUUGUUGCGCUUCAAAAUAUACUGCGAUAAACAAUAUUAUUGUCAUUUUAUUGCAUUCUAUGCCUCUCAACAUAUUAUUUAAUGCCGGAAUGACAAUAGCAUCAUAAUGUAAGUACACUCUUCCAAAGAACACAUACUAUUGUAUUAUUAAGAAUAUUUCCUUUAAUGAUAGUCAUUGUAACUAUUUAAUAAUUAGGCACUGGAAUCAGAAUGGGAAAAUCUAUAUUUAAACAAAUAAAUAAUAAUUAAUGUUAUUUAAAAGGUAAAAGUAACAGAGGCUGCGAUAUCUGCUACCAGAUCCAUUUUCAGUUGUCAGACACCCACAUGAAAAUAUACUAAAGUAAUUAGUAGUAAAUGCUACUGUGUUUUUUUAACGCUACUGACAACUCCAACAUGUAUAGAGAUGUUGUGCAAUCAGAUAAAAUGUUGCUAGAAUUGUUUUUUAAGUAUGAUUUAAGUAUAUAUAUAUUGCAUUAGCAGAAAUGAUUCUGCUGACACGUCCAUGUGUUGUGCGAUAUGUAUUGAUAAUUGCCAUAUUGUGACAG